UUCUUUAUGUCAUUUCCUGUGAUGAAAAAUGGUGGUCACAGCUUCAUGAGGCGACUGAGUCUCUGCAAAAAAAUUAACGGGAAACUUUGCAUCGGCGGGCGGCCAGGCGCGGAGCCAGCGGCUGGGACUCGGUGCUCGGCGGCCGGGGAGGAGACAGCGGAGCUUCGCCCGGGACGGAGGGUCCGUGUGCCCGCUGCAUCUCUGCUCAAGAGCUGAUGUGCUGAUUUCUACCAACAUGGUUCCACCAUGAGCGAUACGUUGUUGGACCUCUGGUUCUGCGAGCAGUGCCAGGACUAUUUCCAGAAGGAGUGUCCGUCCCACGGGCCUCCGCUGUUUUUCCCCGAUACACCUGCGGUGCCGGGGUCGGCCAACCGGGCGGCGCUCACUGUCCCGUCGGGCCUGGAGGUCUUCACCGUGGGGGACGAGGUGGAUGUUCGCUGCCUGGAUCCAAACAUCCCCAAGGGGGCGGUCUUCGGUCCAUACGAGGGGGAGCUGGUGUCCAAGGACAAAUCCUCCGGCUUCUUUUCCUGGAUAAUCGUUGAUUUUAACAACACGUAUCAAUCCAUCGAUGGCAGCGAUGAGACCAAAGCCAACUGGAUGAGGUUUGUCCGGACCUCGUCAGAGGAGAGCGACAGGAACUUGACGGCGUUUCAACGUGGUAAAAACAUCUACUUCAGAGUGAGUCGGACGCUGGCGGCAGGAGAGAAGCUGAGGGUCUGGUACAGCGACGACUACAUCCAGCGACUUCACUGUGUCUCUCAGGAGAGCAUCGACCGCAACCUGGACUCAGAUACCAAGACGCUGUCGGUCCUGCCCAAAAUUCAGGAGGACUUCAAAUCUCCAGCUCUGCAGGGCAAACCCAGCCCCAGUAAACAACCCAGUGAGGAGUCAGACGGCCAGCCUCCUGCCAAGAGGAAGAAGAUCGACCUCAUCUUCAAAGACGUCCUGGAGGCCUCUCUAGAGGACUCCUGCCAGUCCAGGUCCCAGUCUUCCCUCCACAGCGACUGUAAAGCACCAGUCGGCUUUAACCUGUCUGACGGCAGCUUUACGGUUCUGAACCUGAAGGUGGAGGAGAAAGAGGAGGAGAACCAGAGCAUCGAGGAACCCUCCACCUCCUUCUGCCCCAACUGUGUCAAACUGAAGAGGAGGAUCCAGGAGCUGGAGGAGGAGCUGUCCCGUGUCAGAGGACAACGGGGGGACCGGGUUGGCCCGUCAAUGUCUGGACAGACCCAACGGGAUCAGGCCCUCCCCCAUCCGGAGCAAGGCCCCGUCGAGGACUUUCAAGGUAUGGAGCCCUUGACGCCCACUCAGGUGGUUCUUGAUGAGGACGACCAGGACGUGGACUCGGCUGAUGAGUCGAUUGCUGCAGAUCUGGUGAUUUCUCCAGAAGACCCGUUGAAGCUUUCCUCUGUAGGAAGCCGGCGGAUUCGUCGCUUCAAGCAGGAGUGGCUGAAAAAGUUCUGGUUCCUUCGCUACUCGCCAACCCUCAAUGAGAUGUGGUGCCACGUCUGCCGCCAGUACACCGUCCAGUCAUCCCGAACCUCUGCCUUUAUCAUCGGCUCCAAGCAGUUUAAGAUCCACACCAUCAAGCUCCACAGCCAGAGCAACCUCCAUAAGAAGUGUCUGCAGCUAUAUAAGCUGCGCAUGCAUCCAGAAAAGACAGAGGAGAUGUGCAAGAACAUGAUGAUGCUCUUCAACGCAGCGUACCACUUGGCCCUGGAGGGGCGGCCCUUCUCUGACCUCCGCCCCCUGGCAGAGCUCCUGAAGAGGUGUGAGCUCAAAGUGGUGGACCAGUACAUGAACGACGGAGACUGUCAGAUCCUCCUCCACCACAUCGCCCGGGCUUUAAAAGAAGACCUGGCUGAGAAGAUGCGGCUGUCUCCCUUCCUAAGUGUCAUAAUGGACGCCCAAAAUGACGACCUUUUCUCAGACAUGGUGGCAGUCUAUGUCCAGUUCAUUACCAACGAGGGCUCCCCGAACACAGAGUUCCUGUCCUUGCAGAGGCUGAGCAUGGCAAGUGUGGACGGAUAUCUCCAGGCUAUGGAUCGGGCCUUUGGUGUCCUUGGCCUCAGGUUUCAGGACUUGCUGGUGGUGAGUCUGGGAGUAGAUGGCACCAACAUCUCUUCAGGAAUGAGAGCCAAUCUGUACAUAGCUGUACAAAAGACUUUUCCUUGGAUUCUCUGCCUUCCUAUCAUGAUCCAUCGACCCCAUCUGGAGGUGUUGGACGCCAUCAGUGGGAAAGAGCUCUCCUGCCUGGAGGAUCUGGAAAACAACCUCAAGCAGCUCCUCAGUUUCUACCGCUACUCCCCUCGCAUGAUGGCCGAGCUGCGAUCCACUGCUCCAACACUGUCGGAGGAGACAGAGUUCCUCGGAGACAUUAGAGCCAUUCGAUGGAUCAUAGGGGAACCAAACGUCCUUAACGCGCUCAUCAAAGAUUACCUGGAGGUCGUGGCCCAUCUGAAGGAGAUCAGCAGCCAGACGCAGAGGGCGGACGCUGCAGCCAUCGCCCUUACCCUCCUCCAGUUCCUCAUGGACUACCAGUCAGUGAAGCUCAUCUACUUCCUUCUGGACAUCAUCGCUGUUCUCUCACGAUUAGCCUUCACCUUCCAGGGAGAAUACCUGCUGGUGUCACAGGUGGAGGCCAAGAUAGAGGAGGCCAUUCUGGAGAUUGGCCAGUUGGUGGACUGCCCCGGAGAGUAUCUGCAGGAGUUUGAGGAAAACUUCCGCGAAAAUUUCAACGGAGUUGCUCUGAAGAACCUGCGUGUUGCCGAGUCCAAGUUUCAGUCCAUCCGAGAAAAGAUCUGUAACAGGAGCCAGGGCAUCCUGUCUCAGAGACUGGACCUGCAGAGCCGCUCAUUUGCCAAAGCCUGCAAGGUCUUGGACCUGUCCACCUGGCCUCACAACCGGGAGGACCUACAAGCUUACGGGGAGGAAGAAAUCCAGGUGAUAUUCAACCAUCUGGAGUCCAUUCCCUCUGGGGGUCAGGAGACCAGGACGGAGGCCAGGGGCAGCUUGGUGGUGGAAUGGAAGGAUCUGAAAGCGGACUACUACAGUAUGAACGGUUUUAAAGAGGUCAUCAGUCACAUCUGCAGGUACAAGCAGCGUUUUCCUCUGCUGAAUCGGAUCGUGCAGGUCGUCAGGGUCCUGCCCAGCUCCACAGCCUGUUGCGAUAAAGGCCGGGGGUCUCUACAGAAGAUGUGUAAGAACAGUCGUUCGCGGCUGACUCUGGAGCAGAUGAAUGACCUGCUGACGGUGGCAGUUAACGGACCGCCCAUCGCCAACUUUGAUGGGAAGCGAGCGUUGGACAGCUGGUUUGAGGAGAAGUCUGGCAGCAGUUACUCUCUGUCAGCUGAGGUGUUGAACAGGAUGUCAGCUGGUGACCAAAAGUCUGUCCUGCACAGCGUUGACGUCAACACGGAGUUCUACCCCGACGUCUAACAAGCUGACCCAGUGGUGUAGUACUACUACAACACAACACCAAUACCAACGAGAAUGACACCAGUGAUUCCCAACCAGGAGGUUUUUCUGCAGUUACCAGGGUUACAGGGAAAGAUUUGAAGCUCAGCAAAUUAGAAACUAACAUGAUUUGAAAAUAUAUCCACAUAUUUAUGUUUAGGAAAAAAAUCGACACACACAUUUGGAUUACAGGAUUGCACAAUGCUAUUUAGUAUAGUUAUUGUCACAAUAAUUUACCAACUAUGGUGGUCUGACUAGUCAGUCGUAAGUCGAUUAAAACUGCAGAAAAGUUACUUAGAAAAAACACAAAAAAGCUAAAUGUAAAGAUUCUGUAAAUGGUUGAAACAUCCAGUUUCUGGCAGUAGUACAAAAGUAAAAGACCAAGCCUAAACAGAAACAAUUACUGUAUUGUAUUUCCCUGCAGUAAAAUACUAUUAAUACCAUGAAGCCAUCCCAUCUAUGAGACGGGUAUGAACAGGGCUUACUGAGGUAGUAGGGACUGGGAACCACUAUGCUGCACCACUGGGCGAACCUCUGUCUAUGAGAAACUCCCAUUCAGCUGGAUGGAUCGAUUACAGAACGGGCCUACCAAGGGGUUAGCGUCCCCUGGGCUUCACCUGCAAAAUGUCUCUAAGAGAGACACAAAACGACUACAAAGAGACGCAAAAAGACCACAAAGAGACACAAAACAGCCACAAAGAGACACAAAAUAACCACAAAGAGAUGCAAAACAACUACAAAAGAAACAAAACCAACUAUAAAGAGACGUAGAACGACCACAGAGACACAAUACAACCACAGAGAAGCAAACGACCACAGAGAUGCAAAACAACCACAAAGAGAUGCAAAAUGGCUACAAAGAGGCACAAAACGACCACAAAGAGAUGCAAAACAACUACAAA